AGCAGUUGCGCUGUCUCAGACGAGCUCUUAACCGAAUUAACGCCUGGCAGGUUCCUUCCGUUCGAUUCUUCCACAGAACUGAGUCAGCAUGGAAGAGACAGAGCUGGUAAAAGUGCGGCUUCAAGCCAUUACGAGUAAGAGAAGAAUCCAGGAGGAUAUUGCUUUGAAGCGACAAGAGAUUGACAGGGAGAAGCUAAAACUUCAACACCUCAAGAAAAAGUCCAUGAGGGACCUUUGGCUCAUGGGUGACACGAGAUCUGCUAAUGUCCAGGAGGUCCAGAAAGCUCAGGAGGUGGUCCAACAGACCAAACUACUGCAGAGCAAUAUUCAUCGGAUAGAGAAAGAAAUAGAGGCUCUGGAGCAAGAAGAGCUUAACAUCUCUACAAAUGAAGGUCUAAUUCUAAAGAGGCUGAAAUCCAUUGAGAAGUCAACAGAGGAAAUAAUUAAGGCAGCAAAUGCAAAUUUUAAUUCAGAGACAGCACCUGUUUACACAGGAAAUCCAGAAAUGGGAAAGUUAUAUACAUCUUUAAACCUGAAGAAACAACCAACCCCAGAUUCAGGAGCCCAAACUGACCAACACAAACCUGCCUUGUUUGCCAUGGAGAUCAAUGUGCAGAAGGACCUGCGCACGGGCCAAUCCCAUGUCCUCUCCUUCUCAACUGUGUCCCCUCAAGAGCUUCAGCAGAGGGGUAUCAAGGUGUACGAUGACGGUCGCAAGUCAGUGUUUGCACUCCGCUCUGAUGCCAGCCAGCGUAGUGGCAAUGGAGUGGCUGAGCUCAGUGCCAGGGAGGUGGAGGAUCUCCUCAAGCAGGCAACCAAGAUGAAAAAGAGGCCCCAGGGACACAGUAGUGAGCCUUCAUCCCCAAUGAACUACAGCUGCUCACUGGUCCACAGCAUGCCUCACAUACACCACGCUAGUCACCACACCAGUGGCUGUCCUGAGCCUUUUGUGGUGGAUAAGACUACAUGGCCUGAAUUGAGAAGAGACAGAGGUGUGCAGUAUCCAGGACAGGAGCUUCAUGGACCUGCUCAUAUGUUCCAACCUUAUGAUGGAGAGACCCAGUUUUAUCACAUCAACAAUGGGAACAGCCAUGGUCAUGAGAUGUAUCGAGCAGGUCCAAGACAUGGAUGUGGGCCAUGUUAUGACCUCAGAGACACACAAAGGGGAGCUCUGUGUGUGGACCCUGAUAUGACCAACUGGCCUCCCUCAUCCUGCAGUGACAACUCCAAGCCCAGCAUCCUAAACACUCUACCCUCAGAUGAGCCAGUCACCAUGAUCUUCAUGGGCUAUCAGCCCACUGACAAUGACCACCAGAGCUCCAAGGGCUCCAUUCGGGCUGAGCUUGUCGUUAUCGGUGAGGGUGAAGAAGACCCCAGCCCCUGUGCUGCUUCAUAUCACCACUCAUCUGUUGGCCUGCACCAGAACCGCAACACCAACAACACCACCCCACGGCAGGAUUCAGAGGGCGCUUUGAGCAACCCACCAGCCACAGCUUCCUGGAUGGACACAAGGACCCAGGAGCAAAGCACCUGGAGCCUGGGUGACCAGCUCUGAGAUGCCGAAGAGAAGACGACGACUAACUGCAGAACUAAAAAGAAGCACCAGUCGUGGAAGAAGCAAGACUGUAUAUUUUAUGCUGAAGAUGUUAACUGAUAGCAUUAUAACCUUGACCAGGAUCUUUUAGGAGCUA